CACGCUGGACUUCCCCCAGCACGUCUCCCCUCGCAAAGAUAUCCGCACGGCGAGCACGGAGGCGGACAAAAAGCUCUCGGAUUUCGACGUGGAGAUGAGCAUGAGGCAGGACGUGUACCAGAGGAUCGUCUGGCUCCAGGAGAAGGCGGAAAGUGCUUCCCUGAGGCCUGAAGCGAAGAGGUAUCUAGAGAGGCUGAUUAAACUGGGUAAACGAAAUGGCCUUCACCUCCCGGAGGAGACGCAGGAGAAAGUCAAAGCCAUUAAGAAAAGGCUGAGCCUGCUCUGCAUUGACUUCAACAAGAACCUGAACGAAGACACCACCUACCUGCCCUUCUCCAAGGAGGAACUGGGGGGGCUCCCCGAGGACUUCCUGAACUCCCUGGAGAAGACAGAGGACGGCAAGCUGAAGGUCACCCUGAAGUACCCGCACUAUUUCCCCCUCAUGAAGAAAUGCUACGUGCCUGAGACGAGGAGGAAGGUGGAGGAAAUGUUCAACUCCAGGUGCAAGGAGGAGAACUGCUUGAUCCUCAAGGAGCUGGUGGACCUGCGGGCUCAGAAAUCUGACCUCCUGGGCUUCGACACUCACGCUGAUUUUGUGCUGGAAAUGAACAUGGCGAAAACCAGCAAGACCGUGGCUUCCUUCUUAGAUGAGCUGGCCCAGAAGCUGAAGCCCCUGGGGGAGAAGGAACGGGCUGUGAUCCUGGACCUGAAGAAGAAAGAGUGCAAGAAGCGGGACUUGGAGUUUGACGCCCGCAUCAACGCCUGGGACAUGCGCUACUACAUGAACCAGGUGGAGGAGACCAAGUACAGCGUGGACCAGAACCUGCUGAAGGAGUAUUUCCCCAUGCAGGUGGUCACUGCUGGCCUGCUCGACAUCUACCAGGAGCUGCUGGGCCUGAGCUUCCACCCGGAGGAGCACGCCCAGGUCUGGCACGAGGACGUCCAGCUCUACUCGGUGAAGGACAUCGCCUCGGGCAAGACCAUCGGGCAAUUCUACCUGGAUUUGUACCCCCGGGAGGGGAAGUACGGGCACGCGGCCUGCUUCGGCCUGCAGCCGGGCUGCCUGCUGCCGGACUCCAGCCGUCAGAUCUCCGUCGCUGCCAUGGUAGCCAACUUCACCAAGCCCACGCCGGACGCGCCGUCUCUGCUGCAGCAUGACGAGGUGGAGACCUACUUCCAUGAGUUCGGCCAUGUCAUGCACCAGCUCUGCUCACAGGCAGAGUUUGCCAUGUUCAGCGGGACCCAUGUGGAGCGGGACUUUGUUGAAGCCCCGUCUCAGAUGCUGGAGAACUGGGUGUGGGAGAAGGAGCCCCUGGUGCGCAUGUCCAAACACUACAAAACCGGCAGCCCCAUGCCCGACGAACUGCUGGAGAAGCUCAUCCAAUCCAGGCAGGCGAACACAGGGCUGUUCAACUUGCGUCAGAUCGUCCUGGCAAAGGUGGACCAGGCCCUUCACACCCAGACGAAGGCAGACCCCGUGGAGGAGUACGCCCGGCUGUGCGAGGAGGUGCUGGGCAUCCCCGCCACCCCAGGUACGAACAUGCCGGCCACGUUUGGCCACCUGGCUGGAGGCUACGAUGCCCAGUACUAUGGCUACCUCUGGAGCGAAGUGUAUUCCAUGGACAUGUUCCACACGCGCUUCAAGCAGGAGGGGAUCAUGAACUGUAAGGUGGGCAUGGAUUACAGGAACUACAUCCUGCGUCCUGGAGGGUCCGUGGAUGCGUGUGACAUGUUGAGGAGGUUCCUGGGUCGAGACCCCAAGCAGGAUGCCUUCCUGGCCAGUAAAGGACUGAAGGUUGAGUCCAGCUCGCUGCCUUCAGCCUGCUGAAAACCCGCCCGCCGCCCUGCCUCUGUGCUGCGCCUCUCAGAGCUCGCCUUUGCGGUUUGCAUGCAGAGGCUGGAAUUCGUGUCCGCCCCGGGUCACAGGGAGGCACCUUUAGUUGUGGACCCUCCCUAUCGUCCCACACAACCCACCAAACGCUGUGGCAAUCUGUGCUCAAGGCGGGCUCAGGACUGGAAUAGCAGCGUGGCUCUAAGCUGUAUUGGUAGCCUGUGUGGUGUCCCCUCAAAGCAGGGAGCGCUCGUCCCCUCGCUUUCACUAGCACUGGAAUUGACUCACGUGCCCCAUGGCAAGGAACAAACCCGUACCGCACUGGGCACCUUGGCCUCGGAGCGUGGCCACUUUCCCCUCUGACCCCGUUUCGCCUCCCCCGAUCCAGCCGGGGCAGAGGUCAGGUUAUUUUCUGUUAAUCUCCUCCCAGGCCAGGGUGGUGCCCGUGGAGUUUUGUAACGGUCACGUCCAGCCCUGCUUGUUACCGGGGUUGGAUUUUACAUGGUUCUUAGCGCUAAUAAAGAGUUUUCGUAAACUGA